CCGCGGCGGGGGCCUUGUCUGUCCGCUAGCCUCGCCCGCCUCUCCUCGGCUUUGGAGUCUGGGGGCGCUGGAGGGGAGCCCCGCCCCGCCUGGGGUGCUGGAUCCAGGCCGGAGAGGAUACAGGGCGCUUCCCACUUCCGAAAUCCAGUGGCAGGAGGCGAGGAAGGGUUUCCCGGGCACACGGACGGGCGUGUGCAGAUGCUGGGCGGGGAGAGUGAGCUGAGGGUCCGGAGAGCAGGCGGGAGACGGGGAGCCCCGGAUGGCGGGCAGAGGAGCUGGGCCUGUGUUCUGAUGGGGUGGGAGCCACAGCCGGUCGCGAGGAGAAGAGGAAGGUGAUCUGACUCGGGUCUUGACAGGCUCCCUGUGGACGCGGAGUGGAAAGCUGACCCGGGGGAAGGGUGGAGGCAGGGAGAGCAGGAGCCGCCGCUGCGCUGGUUCGGAUGGGCGCUGCAGGGGCUGGAGGUGGAAGUCACUGGAUUCUGGAUCCCUCUUUUAAGUCAGGCUGACCAGAUGUUCUGACGUGGAAGGAGGGGGGCCCACAAAGGAGGGGGUUCAGUCCUGCACUUCGGGCCCAGAGCGUAUGGUGUCUCUCUCCCCCCUGCCUGUUGAUGUUGUGGACCACCACAGUGGUCAGGUGAGGCAUAGAAAAAGGCAAACACCGGUGGAACCAGGGCCUUGAGUCUCCUCUGAGUUGGGAGCUAGGGAGGAGGCAGUGCAGGGGACAGACAGGGAGUCCUGAGGAGAGAAGCUGAUCAUGGCAUGAACUGUCCCCAUCAUGGCAGGGCUGUGUGACCUUUGAGGACGUGACCAUUUACUUCUCCCAGGAGGAGUGGGGGCUCCUUGAUGAGGCUCAGAGACUCCUGUACUGCGACGUGAUGCUGGAGAACUUUGCACUUAUAGCCUCGCUGGGACUUACGUCUUUCAGGUCUUACAUAGUUGCCCAGCUGCAGAUGGGGGCAGAGCCAUGGGUACCUGACAGGGUGGACAUGACUUCAGCCAUGGCAAGAGGGGCAUACAGCGGACCCAUCUCUGGUUUUUGCUGUGCAACAGAGGCUGAGCAUAGUGUGUCUGUAGCAGGAGUGUCCCAGGACAGGAAGCUCAAGGCGGCUCUGUCCAAGCAGAAGGACUACUCCUGUGACAUGUGUGGCCUACACUUGAGAGACAUUUUGCACCUGGCUGAACACCAGGCAACACAUCCCAGCCAGAAACCAUACAUGUGUGAGGCACCGGGGAGAGAGUCCAAGUCCAGAGCAAACCUUUACAAGCAUCAGAUGCAGCAGAGUAUAGACAAGCCUGUCAGAAGGGAUGAGGACAGGGCCUCAUUUGUGAAGAGCUGCAGAGAUGACACAUCAAAAGAACCUUUUACAGUCAGGGAGGGUGGGAAGGACUUUGUGGGUGGGACAGCUACAUCUGACCUUCCACAGCAUCAGGUCGCUCACAGAGUGGAGGAGCCACCCCAGAGCACUGGUGUGGGGGACUGUCACACAGUGCAAAGCCACAGCAAGUGCGGUGAAUUUGGGAAUGCUUUCAGCGAGAAACCCACACCUAUUCAGCAGCAGAGAACCCACACUGGAGAAAGGCCUUAUGAAUGCAACAAAUGUGGGAUAUUCUUUAGCCAUGCCUCUGGCCUCUUUCAGCACCAGAGAGAUCACAACAGAGGAAAGCCCUAUGAGUGCUGCGAGUGUGGGAAGUUCUUUAGCCAACACUCCAGUCUUGUUAAACAUCAGAGAGUUCACACUGGGGAAAGCCCUCAUGUGUGCAGUGAAUGUGGGAAAUUCUUUAGCCGAAGCUCCAACCUCAUUCAGCAUAAGAGGGUGCACACUGGAGAGAAGCCUUAUGAGUGCGGUGAAUGCGGGAAAUUCUUCAGCCAGCGUUCCAACCUCAUUCAUCAUAAGAGGGUUCACACUGGCAAAAGCGCGCAUGAGUGUAGUGAGUGUGGGAAGUCUUUCAACUGCAACUCCAGCCUCAUUAAACACUUGAGGGUUCACACUGGAGAAAGACCUUAUAAGUGCAAUGAAUGUGGGAAAUUCUUCAGCCACAUCGCCAGUCUCAUCCAACACCAGAUAGUCCACACUGGCGAGCGGCCUUUCAGGUGCAGUGAAUGUGGGAAAGCCUUCAGCCGAAGCUCCGACCUCAUGAAGCAUCAGAGAGUCCACACUGGGGAACGGCCUUAUGAGUGCAUCGAAUGUGGGAAAUUGUUUAGCCAGAGCUCCAGCCUAAAUAGCCAUCGGAGACUUCACACUGGCGAGAGGCCUUAUCAGUGCCCUGAAUGUGGGAAAUUCUUUAACCAAAGCUCCAGCCUCAAUAACCAUCGGAGGCUUCACACUGGCGAGCGACCUUAUGAGUGCCUGGAAUGUGGGAAAACCUUCAGGCAAAGAUCUAAUCUGAGGCAGCACCAGAAGGUUCACAAAUCAGACAAGCCGUAUAAGUGCAGUGAAUGUGGAAAAGCCUUUAGCCAGAGGCCUACCCUCGUCCGGCACCAGAAAAUUCACACCAGAGAAAGGAGUGCAGAAAAUGUGCACCCUCCUCCAGCACAGCGAUGUGCAGUAGAGAUGAGCUCUGAGAACAGUCUUUAUAAGGGGGCCAUCAGCCAGAGGUUGAACCUUGUUCAUCCCAAUGUCCACACUGGGCAGAUUCCCUAUGAAUGCUAAUUAUGUUAGAAGCUUUCUGGAAUAAAGUAGCAUUUUCUCACCAUGGACUCUAUCAGACCUUUGUCACUGCGAGUGUUUGUGGUAGAAGCCGUUUAGCUCUGGCAGGUCUCCAAGAGUGUGGGUCAGCCAGUCCCUGUUUUCAGACUCCUCUCUCCCAGGAGGGAAUCCAGAGGAGCCUGAGGCCACAGGGAGAUGUCAUUCCCUCCCUCCAACCAGUGUAGCUGUGGACAUGACCCAUCUUUGACCAUGAAGACCUGAGCUGAGUUCUGCUGGCAGCUUGUGGAGGUUUCCCUUCUUUCAAGGACAUGGCUGAUCUCAUACGAUGCUCAUGGUGGAUUUAUCUGAUCUCCACAUUACCCAUCCCAACAGCUACCUACUUUGCAUUGCCUUAGUGAUAAAGCCACCUUAAAAUCUCAUGUGUCUUGAUCACUGUGGAGUGGGUUGAGAACAGUUGAGGUCUACCAAACUAAAAGGGCCUCUUAAACCUAUUGCUUCUAAGGGAAGAGCAGGAUGGUUGGAAAACAGCUCUUAGUCUAAAUUUGGCCUCCUCUGUGUUGCUGCUCAAGGCCUCCAGGGGAAGAUGGUAGGGCUUUGUGGGCCUAAUGCGAUCUGAAUGGCAUGAAUUUUUGUGAGCCAGAGAUUACUCCGAGGACAGGGCAGUUGUGACAACCUCCACUGCAUCUGGGAGCAACAUGAAUAGGGCCUCUUGUUUCCCAGAUACUGUUUACCUGGCUGGCACCUUCCAAGGAGCCAUAUGCCGUGAAUUUUAGCAUCUGGUAUACAGGUUUCCUAAUUGUAAGACUUACUGGGCCCAAUUGAGACCAUAAUUUGUAUGGAAAAACUGUGGGUAAUAAUGGAGUAGGCAAGUCUACAGCAAACUAGAGGGAAUGUACCUGUUCUAAAAGUGCAUCCACAAAUGUUCCUUUGAAUGUGACUCUGCAUUCAGGAUUCAGGCUUUGCAGAAAUUCUCAGGACCUUUAGACCUCUGCCCUAUGGCUUAGGUCACCAGCAGAGCAAAAAUCGAAAGGUUUUGUGCAUACUAAGGCUCUCUGCACUAUUUGUGUCAUGGCCAUUGCUGCAUUGGCAAGAGAAUAGGGGCUAAGAGAAGGUAGAUCUUGUACUCCAGGGAUGCAGUGUUUGUGACAUAGCCAGCCAUUUUUGCUACCAAGGCUUCAGAGACAGAGAAAGAGAGCAGAGUCAAUAUAGGGUUGGCAAAUCUAAUUUUCUAAAAUGAAUGGGAGAUCAGAUUUUUACGUGCAACAAUUUCUUUAAAUGUCUUAUUGAGAUAUAAUUGUCAUGCAAUAGUUGUACAUAUUUGAUGUGCACAAUUUGAUAAGUUUUUCAGUAAGUAAACACUCAGGGAACCAACACCAGAACUGUGACAGUGGACCUAUCCAUCACCCACAAAGCUACCUCGUGCCUUUUACUUUCCCUCCUUGCCUUCCCAGAAAACUAUUGAUUUACCUUUUUUUCUCCCACUAUAGAUAUGUUUGCCUUCCUUAGAAUUUUAUACAACUGGAAUCAUAAAGUAUUUCUACCCUAUUUUUGGUCUAUUUUCUUCCACAACAGGAUUAUCCAUGCUGUAUGUACGAACAGCUCAUUCCUUUUGCUGUGAGUGGUGCUCUCUUGAGAUCCAUCACAGUUUGUUAUGCUUAAUUUUUAAAUUAAAAAAUCUCUGGUAAAAUACAUCAUAAAAUUUACCAUCUUAACCAUCUUUAAGUGCGUAGUUCAGGGGUAUUAGGUACAUUCAUAUUGUACAACCAACACUACCAUUCACAUCCUGAGCUCUUUUCAUCUUGCAAAACUGGAAGUCUGUACCCAUUAAACAAUAAUUCCAAAGACCCCCCCCCCAUCGCCUAAACCCCUGAAACUGCCCUUCCACUUUCUGUCUCUGUGAAUUUGACUGCUUCAGGUACAUCAUAUAAAUAGAGUCUUCUAGUAUUUGUCUUUUUGUAACUGGUAUAUUUCACUUAGCAUUAAUGUCCUCAAGGUUCAUCUAUGUUUUAUGGCAUGUGUCAGAAUUUCCUUUCGUUUUAAGGAUGCAUAGUAUAUAUUCAUAACAUUGUAUUUCUAUGCCAUAUUUUGCUUUUUAUUCAUCUAUCAAUGGAUAUUUUAUUUCCAUCUUUCAGCUAUUGUGAAUCAUGCAGCUACGAACAUGGGUGUAGAAAUCUCUCUUUGAGACCUUGCUUUCUGUUCUGUUAGACAUAUCUGGAAAUGGAAUUACUGGAUCCUAUGGUAAUUAUAUUUUUAAUUUUUUGAGGAACCUCCAUACUGCUUUCCACAGUUGCUCUAUCAUUUUACUUUCCUACCAACAGUAUAUAUGGGUACUGGUUUUCCCAUAUCCUCACCAACACGUUUUUUUUUUUAAGAUUAUUUAUUUAUUCAAGAGAGACACAGAGACAGAGAGGUGGAGACACAGGCAGAGGGAGAAGCAGGCUCCACACAGGGAGCCCAACAUGGAACCCUAUCCUGGGACCCAGGGAUCAUGCCCCGAGCCAAAGGCAGACACCCAACCACUGAGCUACCCAGGCAUCCCCACUUGUUUUUUCUUUGAAAAAAAAAUUUUUUUUAAAUUUCUGAAUAGUAUCUAGCUAGAUAGAUAUGAAGUGGUUUCUGUCUAUCCUAGCUCGUUGAGUGUUUCUAUCUUGCAGGAGUUGGAUUUUGUCAAAUGUGGGUUUUUUUUUUGGGGGGGGGUUUGCAUCAUUUGAGAGGAUCCUGUUUUUUCCUUCUACUAGUGUGGGGUAUUACACUGAUUUUCGUAUGUUGAACCUUCCUUGCAUCCCAAGAAUAAAUCCCACUUAAACAUAGUGUAUAAUCUUUUCAAUGUGCUGCUAAAUUCUGUUUGCUAGUAUUUUGAAAAUUUUAACAAAGGUUAGUGUUAUUUAAUGUAUAAAAUUCACCAAUAAAGUCAUUGGGUCCAGAGCUUUGUCUGUUGUGGGGAGGUUUUUGGUUGUAUAUUCAUUAUACUAAUUAUAAGUUUAUUCAGAUAUUCUCUUCAUGCUUCAGUCUUGACAGGAUUUGUUUCUGGGGCUUAGUCUAUUUCAUUUAGGUUCCAUUUUUUGUGCGUACAAUUGUCCAGAGUACUCUCAUUAUCCUUUUUACUUUGGUAAAAUUGGUAGUAAUGUCCCCACUUUUACUUCUGGUUUUAGUAUUUGAGUCUUUUAGUCAUUCUAGCUAAAGGUAGUCAAUGUUGUUAAUCUUUUUAAGAACCAUCUUCUGGUUUUGUUGAUUUUUCUGUAUUGUUUUUCUAUUCUGUAUUUUUUAAAUCUGUAGUCUUUAUUAUUUUCCUUUGUCUAGCUCUUGGUUUAGUUCUUUUUCUAGUUCUUUAAGUUGUAAACUAAGGUUGUUGAUUUGAGAUCUUUCUUUUUUAAUGUAAGCAUCCUGCUUCAUACAGUUUUUGCUACAUCUCAUAAAUGUUGAUAUGUUGUGUUUUUCUUAUCCUUUUUUUUUUUGAGAGAAAGAGAGAGAGAGCCAUGCUGAGAGAGUGCAUACACAUAAGCAGAAAAGGGAGGUCCAGAGGGAGAGAAUUUUCCUUUUUAAGAUUUUAUUUAUUCAUUUGAGAGAGGAAGGCAGCAUGAGAGAGAGGGAGCGCAAGCAUGUGAGCAUGAGCAGGGAAAGCAGGAGAGGGAGAGGGAGAAGCAGACUUCCUGCUGAGCAGAGCCUAAUACGGGGCUCAAUCCCAGGAUGCUGGGAUCAUGACCUGAGCCAAAGGCAGAUACUUAACUGACUGAGCCACCCAGGUGCCCCAAGAGGGAGAGAAUCUUAAGCAGACAGCAGACUCUGCAUUGAGCACAGCCCUGACCCAGGGCUUGAUCUCACGAUCCUGAGAUCAUGACCUGAGCUAAAAUCAAGAGUCGGAUACUUAACCAACUGAGCCACCCAGUUGGUGCUCUGUAUUUUUGCUUUCUUUCAUCUCCAAAAAUUUUCUAAUAUUCCUUGUGAUUUCUCCUUUGGUUCCAUUGAUUGUUUAAACCUGUAUUUAAUUUCCACAAAUUUGUGAAUUUUCCAGUUUGCUUUUUAUCAAUUUCUAACUUCAUCCUGUUGAGGUUGGAGAAAAUAGUUUGCAUAUUUAUCUUUCAAAAUCUAUUAAGCCUUAAUUUGUGGCCUAAUGUGAUCUAUCAUGGAAAUGUCCA